GCUUCCCUCUUCUCUCCCCGCCUCCCGGCCUCCGCAUCUACGCGGGCCGUGACUGGAGCUCGGCCAGAGCCCAGUCACACCCGGAGCCGGAGUCGCAGAGACGUGGAAACAUGGAGGCCUGAACCGGUGUUCGCCACCCGGUCUGCAGCGCGACCUCGCUUCUCUGACGUUCUGCACUCCCGUCCGUCCUCAGUCCGCCGUCCGCGGGGCUGGACGCGGAGCUCCCCGCAGGCUGACACAGGUGGUUUUGUGGAAAUGCAGGUGUGAGGACAAGUUAUCUACCACAUUAGAAGAUGGGAUCAAAGAGCAGCAGGAUCAGUGAUCUGCCUAAAAAUGAGUACUUGAAAAAGUUAUCAGGCACAGAAUCUGUCUCUGAAAAUGACCCAUUUUGGAAUCAGCUUCUUUCGUUUUCUUUCCCUGCACCAACUAGCAGUACUGAGUUGAAGCUGUUAGAAGAGGCAACCAUUUCAGUCUGCAAGUCUUUAGUUGAAAACAAUCCUCGAACAGGAAAUCUUGGUGCAUUAAUUAAGGUCUUCCUUUCUAGAACCAAAGAACUCAAACUUUCAGCAGAAUGUCAGAACCACAUCUUCAUUUGGCAGACACAUAAUGCUUUGUUUAUUAUUUGCUGUCUGCUAAAAGUAUUCAUUUGUGAGAUGUCUGAAGAGGAGUUGCAACUUCAUUUUACUUAUGAAGAAAAAUCUCCUGGCAGUUAUAGUUCUGAUUCAGAAGAUCUUUUGGAAGAAUUGCUCUGUUGUUUGGUGCAAUUAAUUACUGAUAUUCCACUCUUAGAUAUUACAUAUGAAAUAUCAGUGGAAGCUAUAUCAACAAUGGUUGUUUUCCUUUCCUGUCAACUUUUCCACAAGGAAGUUUUACGGCAGAGCAUAAGUCACAAGUAUUUAAUGCAAGGUCCAUGUCUUCCAUUUACCAGCAAACUUGUGAAAACCUUAUUAUAUAACUUUAUCAGACAAGAAAAGCCACCUCCUCCAGGAGCCCAUAUCUUUCCCCAACAAUCAGAUGGGGGAGGACUGUUGUAUGGACUGGCAUCAGGAGUAGCAACUGGUCUCUGGACUGUCUUCACAUUAGGAGGUGUGGGCAGCAAAGCCACUGCUUCUCCAGAACUUUCUUCUCCUCUGGCCAACCAAAGUCUCCUGCUUUUACUGGUGUUGGCCAACCUGACAGAUGCUCCAGAGGCACCAAACCCCUACAGACAGGCCAUUAUGUCCUUUAAGAAUACACAAGACAGCAGUCCUUUUCCCUCAUCAAUUCCACAUGCCUUCCAGAUUAACUUUAACAGUUUGUACACAGCCCUUUGUGAACAACAGACAUCUGAUCAAGCAACGCUCCUCUUAUACACACUGCUCCAUCAGAACAGCAAUGUCAGGACAUACAUGUUGGCCCGCACAGAUAUGGAGAAUCUUGUUUUACCAAUUCUUGAGAUUCUGUAUCAUGUUGAAGAAAGAAAUUCGCACCAUGUGUAUAUGGCUCUUAUAAUACUGUUGAUCCUUACAGAAGACGAUGGCUUUAAUAGGUCCAUUCAUGAAGUGAUAUUAAAAAACAUUACGUGGUAUUCCGAACGGGUUUUAACUGAGAUUUCACUGGGUAGUCUCCUGAUUCUGGUGGUAAUAAGAACCAUUCAGUACAACAUGACACGGACAAGAGACAAAUACCUUCACACAAAUUGCUUGGCAGCCUUAGCAAAUAUGUCAGCACAGUUUCGUUCCCUCCAUCAGUAUGCUGCCCAGAGGAUCAUCAGCUUGUUUUCUUUGCUAUCUAAAAAACACAACAAAGUUCUGGAACAAGCCACCCAGUCCUUGAGAGGUUCCUUAAGUUCAAAUGAUGUUCCUCUACCAGAUUAUGCUCAAGACCUCAAUGUCAUUGAAGAAGUGAUUCGAAUGAUGCUAGAAAUCAUCAAUUCCUGCUUGACAAAUUCUCUUCACCACAACCCAAACUUGGUGUACGCACUGCUUUACAAACGAGAUCUUUUUGAACAGUUUCGAACUCAUCCUUCAUUUCAAGAUGUAAUGCAAAACAUCGAUCUGGUGAUCACCUUCUUUAGCUCAAGGCUGCUACAGGCUGGAGCUGAGCUGUCAGUAGAACGGGUCUUGGAAAUCAUUAAGCAGGGGGUUGUUGCACUGCCUAAAGACAGACUAAAGAAAUUCCCAGAACUGAAAUUCAAAUAUGUGGAAGAAGAGCAGCCUGAGGAGUUUUUCAUCCCCUACGUCUGGUCUCUGGUCUACAAUUCAGCUGUAGGCCUGUACUGGAAUCCACAGGACAUCCAGCUGUUCACGAUGGACUCCGACUGAGGCAGCAGGUGCCCAGACCCACCCUCCAGCCAAAUAGCCCUGCUAGAUAGCUUCUUGCUAGGAAAGAGAAGCAAAUACAUUGCCCAGUGUGUCUUCAACUGGAGAGAAUCACACAGCGUGUUCCCUCACACACUUCAACUUGGAGAUUGGUACCAGCUGGCAGUAGAUCACUCAGCUUAGAGUUUAGUGCAGGGGGGGAGGGGUGCACAUAAUAAAUGUAAAAACUUGCUAUU